UAUUAUUAUUGUUAUUGUUUCUUCCACCUUUGUGUUCUCGUAGAAUUUGCGUGGGUGACGCUAACAACGAAUGACACGUACUCGCUGGGCGCUUUAGUGUUGGCGCACUCGUUACGCCGCACCGGCACCGCCUAUCAGCUGGCCGUCUUAGUGACGCCUGCCGUGUCGGCGGCCAUGCGCCAGCGCUUGCAAGAUGUCUACAAUGUUGUGCAGGAGGUGAAUAUUUUGGACUCACAGGAUGCCGCCAAUUUGGCACUGCUCGCACGCCCCGAACUGGGUGUCACAUUCACAAAACUGCACUGCUGGCGUCUGGUGCAAUUCGAGAAGUGCGUCUUCCUUGAUG